UAUUCUUGUCUUAAAACCUAUUUUUAGUCUAGGCAAUUUUUUUUUAGAAUAAGGUUCAUAAACAAUUUGGAAUAUAUCACAGCUUACACCAAUGAAGGCUCUACAUUUUCUCUGGUGUAUGGCAAUUUCUCUGGUUUGGAAAGCCCAGCUAGUAGAUUCCUGUUUUAAUGCAGUGAACAGAAACGCCCGAAUUGUAAAUGUAACAGAAAAAGCAAAUUUCAUUCUCUACAACCCUGCCAACCUGACCGACUACGAUCUAACAGUUACGUACACAUGGGACGUACAAAUACCAGAAGAUGAGACUUUGGACGGGUUUCUCUACUGUUUUGAGGAUGCCGAUGCAGCUUCUAUCGAAGCCCUAUCGAAAAGAAGCAUACCGUUUCCUGGUAUAUUCUCUUUUCCAGGCGCUGUCAACCCAGGCUUUCCUUCGUCUGACCCCCUAGCAGGGUGCCAACACUACAUUAACAAAACGUUCUGGGUAACCGACCAAAACGGUAGUUAUGUUGAUUGCCCCUUUCCAUGCGAAGACGAAAUUGGUCCCCCUUGUGUUUUAAGCAGUGUAUGUUCUACUUUAAGAGACAGAAGCUGUACUGCUGUCAAUAAGUCCACCAAAACCGCCACAUUCGAAAUCAGUUUUGGGAGAAAGUACUCGUUUAUGGUUUAUCCCUACACCGGCAUGCAAGUCAGUUUAGACGGGACAGGAAGAUCGGAAAAAGUUGUUCUUUUCUGCGGGCAUCAUCUGGUUGAAACUGUAGGAGUUCACCAUUUAAAAGCGUAUGAGUUUUGCCGCAGUGAGCAAAACAUAAGUGAACUGUCAACUGCGUCCAGUCCGCCGUCCAAUUUUCGACUAUAUCGAGUUUACGAUAAUUUUGAUGAUCAUUCUGCCACAGUGGUGAUACGAUGGAAGGCCCCACACGACGUGGUACGGGGCAAAAGGGUUACACGCUACUUUUUCAAGAUAGUGGGGCACGGAAAAGCCGACGUUUCUGAACGAGUUACUCAAGAAUCUGACACGCCAGACACGUACUACAACGUAACGGUGACCGGGCUACAAUACAAUCAAACACACAGAUUUACUGUGACACCAAUCGUCGACCGAGAACCGUCAGAAUGCGGCAUUCUUGGCUGUCAGGAAUACGGGGACCGAGCACACUUAUCGUUCUUCAUUCAAGGUGGGGAUGUGGACGCCUGUAGUGUUAUAGCGGGUACGAACAAAACAACAUACUGUGACGAGCAUGCAGAUUGCGUGGACGUAAAACCCAACAGAAUCUACCCAGCAAACUGUAGCUGUUGGCCAGGGUACUAUGGUAACGGGGUUCUAGAAGUAUGGGAAAACGGAGAGGGGUGUAAGAAUGUAAACGCCUGUUUGACGAGGUUGGAUUCGAACCAUGUUUGUCACCCUAAUGCGCUCUGUGAGGACGACGAGCCACCGAGUAUGAGUGCUUCAUGCAGUUGCCCACAGGGAUACUUUGGCGACGGCUACCGCAACGGUUCGGGGUGUACUGAGACACGGUUUGUCAUUGGUAUAGCAGUUGGUGUCCCACUUGCCCUGUUGGCCGCGUGUGUACUUUUCUGCUCGGCACGAAGAUACCAGCGACUACGGAAAAGGGCUUUGGAUCUUAAGAUCUCCAAAUUCGUGGUCGGAAGCAGUUAUACCUCACCGUUAGUUCUGGCAAACAAUAAUAUCACACCCAACUCAUCAGCUCAAUACGAUUCAGUGUUUGGUCGCAAAUGGGAAGUCGAAAGAGACCAGCUUACUCAACUCGAGGUCAUUGGGAGAGGGAACUUCGGGGUUGUCCACAAAUCACAGUGGUUGAAAAACGACACAGAAACUACUGUUGUGGCCACGAAAUCGUUAACUGGCGCGUACACGUCAAUACAUAAAGAAGAUUUCCUCGCUGAAAUGGCUCUGUUAAUUUCACUUGGGCCGCACCCCAACGUACUAAGCGUACUAGGGGUUUGCACGUCGAUGUGUUCUGAAGAUACGUCGCCUUUGCUGCUUACCGAAUACAUGCCAUACGGAGACUUACUGCAUUUCUUAUGGAGCGCCAGAGAGUCUGCGAAGCGACGCGCUGAUCCAGCUUACGAUUUCACGGAGGCAAGUCUGUACAACAUUGGUCGCCAGGUGGCGUGCGGGAUGCACUUUCUAUUUCGCUCAAAAGUCAUACACGGUGACGUAGCUGCAAGAAACAUCUUGGUUGGGAAGAACUUAAAAUGCAAAAUUUCCGACUUCGGUCUAGCAAAUGAUGUAUACAGAUACGGUCUAAUCAAGGGCUCCACCGAGCGACGAGUACCUUUCAAAUGGGUGAGCCCUGAAAGAAUGCUUGGCGGACAAGUCCCAAUUACGUGGCGCAGUGACGUCUGGUCGUUUGGAAUUCUGUUGUACGAGAUGGUCACGCUAGGUGGCGCCCCGUACCCUGGAAUGGAUCACGUGACAAUACUGAGUUCACUGAAAAAAGGAUACAGAAUGCCAAGGCCAGAUUCUUGUAGUGAAUAUUUGUAUAAAGUCAUGAUGGAUUGUUGGGAAUGGACAGCCAUAAAACGACCGACAUUCAUCGACCUUGAAGAACGUUUGAAGAGCGUUGACUGGAUGACAAGUUCCUCCAUACAAGCUAUGGAAACUGUCGAUACGUCUAAAUACGAAGCGGAUAUCGGUCGAAGGGACUUAGGUCCAGAAACGUCUGAAACGGCCGAGGAUGGGCAGCGCUGUACUGACGAUGCAGUGAUUUCAAAUGUAGGAAAUGGUGUACAAGAACAAGAAGUUUCCAGGCAGAAUGAAACGAAUGGAGUCGGGAGCACACAACAUGAUUUUGGAAAUGGGUUCUGGACAGGCGAUUUAUUUGUGCGCCUUGAAUCAGACGCAUAACUUUUCUACAGUUCCACUGUACGUAGAAAUUGACUCAAAUACCCAUAGAUCUCAAUUCUUUUCAACUCAGGACCUUGGAACGUGAACAGCAUACCACACAAAAACGAUAUGCAGAUAGUAUGGGGUGAGAUUCGAAACUUUUAUCAAAAAUAUUCCAUUUUUCCGAAUUGUGUUUAUCAGUUAAAGAUAUUUUUUUAAGUGAUACGGUUAUAUAAUUCUUUAAAUGUUCUUUGUUUACUACCAAAUGGGUCGAUAAAAGAGAAUGAAAACAUAUCCCAUUUUGCCCCAACCUACUAUACUUGCAAAUGACCGGUUAUCCUUUUGAAUACAUAGCAAUCAUAUGAAGUAAAAAGAUGUAAAAAAACUCCUACAGGCAAAAUGCGUGUCCGCUAUAUAUAUAUACAGCAAAGUUUCUUUAUAGUAGGGUGGGAGAAGACGGGACACUUUUGGCACAUAAUAUCCAAAUAUUUUGAUCGUGUUAAACAAUUAACAGCAGUAUAUGGGAGUCGUGCGGUUUUUUUAAAAGUCUUUUAAAGUUCUUUGUUUAUGACCAAAUGAGACAAGAAAAUAGUAUUAAAAAGUGUUUCAUCUUCCACCACCCUAUUAUAUAUCCAUGAACGUACAAAAUACCACAGUACAGUUUUCAGCAUAAAACAUUAGAAAAGAAUGUACCAGGAAAAAAAUCUAGGUUAUCGUUACGAAAAAGUGAUUUAUGCAUGUCUAACGUUGUUGUUUUACUUUUGUGUUUCGUCGCGUAUUUGAUUAAAUGUAAUCGAAAACAAAAAAA